AUGGAUAACAUAGCGAAAAAAGCUUCGUACUGGAUUGAGACCGAAGACUGGCACACUGCCGGUGAGCCAUUUCGUAUCGUCGACAAACUACCGGCUGGAUAUCUUCCAACCUCACCCACAGUGGCUCAGAGACGGCUCGAGAUCACGACGGCUUCAAACCACCCUCUGGAUGAGCUCCGUCGGCUGCUAUGCCAUGAGCCGCGCGGCCAUGCCGACAUGUACGGCGGCUUUAUCACGCCCCCAGACGACCAGGGCGCUCACUUUGGGGUUCUGUUCUGGCACAAGGACGGCUUUUCUACGGCUUGUGGUCACGGCACUAUCGCGCUUAGCUAUUGGGCUAUCGCUCACGGCAUUGUCAAGGUUAUUAAGCCCGAUGAAACACUCGACGUAGUGGUCGAUGUGCCUUCGGGCCGUGUAGUGGCACGGAUGGGAAUAGAGAAUGGGAAACCAGUACAUGCCGACUUUAUCAACGUGACCAGCUACCAGCUAGCAAAAUCGCUACCUUUAGCCAUCCCUUCAUGUGGGCUUGAUGUCAACGUGGAUUUGUCUUUUGGCGGCGCAGUCUAUGCUACCUUGGAUGUGGCCCAGCUUGGGAUAGAGGUUGAGCCUGAGAAUGCCGAUCGCUUCAUUCAGCUUGGUCGAGAGAUCAAGGCUUUGCUCGGCACCAGAGCUCACUACGGUCCGUACGACUGCUAUGGAGUCAUCUUUUACAGUGAAGGGGAUUGUCAGGCCGAGAGGAAUAUGAUUAAGCAACGCAACGUCACCAUCUUCGCAGACGGGCAGAUUGACCGUUCCCCAUGUGGUUCUGGGACCUGCGCGAGGUUAGCCGUUUUGUAUGCACAAGGCAAGCUGGAGCCCGGAUCUUCAAAGCUUUUACACAGCUCCAUAAUCGGCUCAAAGUUCGAGGCAGACAUUCUGUCUGAGGCGCAAAGUCCAGUAGAUGGAUUCCCGGCCUGCAUUCCACGUGUUAGGGGUCGGGCGAGUUUGGUUGGACGAAUGAAGUUUUUUAUUGACCCAGACGAUGAAAUCUACCCGGGCUUUUUGCUACGGUGAAGGAGUUACCAAACUGACCUCUUUAGUAGAGUAGAUGGAUUAG